ACUUCCUCCAAUAUGGCGGCCGAAGAUAUUGAACAGCCACCGGCUCCAGCCAUGAAUGACCCGUGGGCACCCCAACCCCCGUCUAACGUGACUGUGAUGCCGUGCCCGGUUGACCCUAUACAUCAACUUAUCAGUUCUGACAAGUAUAUCGAAUCCUUAGAGAAAAAACUAAACAGACUGAAGGGCCGUGCACCUCGUGAACCAACAGCCCGAGAUAUUGUCCAGUCCCUGUCAAAAUUGCGAAAUGAUCAAAUGGAGCGUUUCCUGAAGGAGGAGUCAUGUCAGACACAAGCUGUCCACUUAGCAAGUGGAGGAGAAGCCGCAUCAGCAUCAUACAUCCAGCGUCGCCUCUACCCGGAGAAACAGGCUGUCACUGGAGAUGAAGUUGUAGAGUUGUUGCAGGCUGAUGCCCUAGCAAACAGAAUUGCAGAAGAGCAGGAGCUCGAGGAACUAGCUGCAGGAAAUGCCACUGCUGCCAUGGUGAUAUCAAAGACUGGGUCAAGGACUAAAGGGGAGACAACUGAUUCAGCCUCAGAGCCUGUUUGCAUGGCAACUGAUGUUGCAGAAGUGCAGAUAUUAAGUAGUCCGAGAAAAGAAGAUCUUUCGGGAGCUUCCAAUGUAGACAGUGAACAGGAAAAUAGUGAGAACAAGACUUAGACUAGAAAGAAGACAUGAGAGCAUCAUCAGAACUUAUGCCGGUACGUUGAGAUGUUUCCUGAUGAGUUUGAUGCUGUGAUGUAUGAUGACAUUGUCAUGACUUCUGUGAGGUGUCUGCUGUUGCAUCAUCUUGUCACUGUACAGUAGAAGAAACUCGCUGGAGCAGGAGGUUAGACAGCUAUCUAAUAGAAACUGGUGAUUUUAGAAUCUCAUAGUCUUACAGGAUAAGUCCACAUAGAUGACAUGUAUAAUACCAUGGACAGUUUGUGUUGUCAACAUGAUUCACUUUUCAUGCAGUGUUCAUUCAUACCAGCCUAGUGGGCCACUUGUGGUCCAGUUGUGGAAAGAGUUGUGUCCCUUAGCUGCCCCAGAAUCCUUUGGUCAUGGGUAUAAACACUGAGAUUUUUUUUUUACCAGU